AUGACCACCGAUAAUAACGUCUGGCUUUUUUAUCCGAAUCUCAUUGGUUAUGGUCGUAUUGUGCUUGCAAUAAUGUCCAUGUAUUACAUGUCGACUUCUCCGGCAAUGGCGAUUAUUUGCUAUGCGUUGAGCGCUGGCCUUGACGCGUUCGAUGGCUGGGCAGCGCGAACUUACAAUCAAUCAACGCGGUUCGGAGCAAUGCUCGACCAGCUCACUGAUCGAUGUGGAACUCUCGCUCUUAUAAUGGCACUUUGCAAGUUCUACCCAGAUUGGUUGUUUCCACUCCAGCUUUCGGCUGUUAUCGAUAUUGCCUCUCACUGGCUUCACCUUCAUGCAACUGACUUGACCCAAGCGACAACCCAUAAGCAAAGCUCCAAUCCGAUUCUCCAUCUUUACUACACUGAUCGCCGUUUCCUUGGCUUCAUGUGUGCCGGAAAUGAGGCAUUCUACAUUCUAUUGUACAUCCGCGCCUUCUGGGCGGGUCCCGCUAUUCCUCUCAUCGGUGUUCAUAUCAUGUCGGUCUUCGCCUUCCUCGCAUUCUUCGUUGCUUUUGUCAAAACCGCCAUCAGCGUUGUUCAUUUGUAUACAGCUGCGGACAUUGUUGUUCAAUAUGAUAUUAAGAAACGAUUGGAGCAACAGAAAUGA